GCAGAGGCCGGAAGCGGAAGGCUGGGGCAGCCAAGCCGCUGCCCGGGCAGGAUCCCUGAUGUCGCCACCCCCAGCCCCACUACUGGUUCCGAUGCCUGGGGAGAUCUGGCCUGGUUUCAGGAAGCCUGAGCUUGUGAGCUUCGCGGACGUAGCCGUGUAUUUCUCCCCGCAGGAGUGGGGGUGUCUGCGGCCCGCGCAGAGAGCCCUGUACCGGGAGGUGAUGCGCGAGACCUACGGCCUCCUGGGCGCGCUCGGGUUCCCGGGCCCCAAACCAGCCCUCAUCUCUUGGAUGGAACAGGAGAGUGAGGCUUGGAGCCCCGCCGCCCAGGAUCCUGAGGAGGGGGAAAGCCUGGGAGGAGCUCCGAGAGGAGAUACUCCAAAUGAGGGAGCACGGGGCUGCAAGGAAGGAGGUGAGAGGCCGGCAGACAUUCCUGCUCAGCUGCAACCUAAAGAGGUGGAUAAACACAAGACUCAUCCCAUGGCUACCAAGGCCUCUGCAGGGGCGCGGCCACCUACCAAAGCUGCCCCAGACCAGAUAGCAGCAGGCGUACAACCUCCUGCUCAGGUACCCAACACAGAUAUACAGCCCAGCCAGCGACGCCAUGUGUGUGUGGACUGUGGACGCCGGUUUACCUACCCGUCUUUACUGAUCAGCCACCGUCGCAUGCACUCUGGUGAGCGACCCUUCCCCUGUCCAGAAUGUGGUGUUCGCUUCAAGAGGAAGUUCGCAGUGAAAGCACAUCAAUGGAUCCACCGUUCCUGCUCAGGGGGUCGCCGAGGCCGAAGGCCUGGGAUCCGGGCUGUGCCUGGAGCCCCAGUCCGAGGAGACCGGGAUCCACCAGUGCUCUUUCGGCACUAUCCAGACAUCUUUGAGGAGUGUGGGUGAGUUCAACAGCUGCCUUCGUCUGGAGGUCUGGAGCGGAGCGUGAACUUGGCACUGAGAGUCAACUGAGUCAAGACUUGGGAAUUGAAAUACACCUGUUUGACUUCUCAAGGAUUGCUUGUAAAAUUGUGAAAAGAAAAUUUCCUGUAAAAAUCCCUACAGAUUAAACCUGACACCUGCCCAACCCCCAGUGUUUUGUGUUUAAAAAAAUGGGGUCUGGGCUAGAGAUGUGAGUUGGUUCAGUGCUGUUUUAGUCAGGGUCACAAGAGGAACAGAACAGAAUGGAUGAACUUGCACACUCACAUAUAUGGUAUAGAAUAGGUAAAAGGCAAAGAAAAAGGCAAGAGGAGGAGCUAACUUUGAAAUUGCCUUUUGAUCCUGAUUCCUUCCAGAAGGGGCUGCCCUACAACAAGGGGCCCUGUAAAGGUAACUUUUAUUCCCUUGUAGUAACUGUCGGUUGGAGGCUUCAGCCUCUGUCUGCUAGCCUAGGCCUCGUCCUGAAAGCUUCUACCCUCUGUACAGUCUAAUCCAGGCCUAGAAUGUUUUCAGCCUCUGAGACUUGUUGCUGAGUAAGCUCACCCUUCCUAGUGCUUUCUGAGCACUGGCCGAUUCAACUCAGCUGUUCUGCCCCAAACUCCUUUUCAAGCUGACUGUUGAAGUUAGGUCCUUGUCCUGUCUCCGAGCUCCGUGUUCCCAGAAAUAAGACUCAGACUCAAAUUAAAUUUAUAAAUACCUUGGUCAC